AUGUGUCAGGAACUACCAACAUUUGACUAUAAAGAUCAUUGCCAAGAAGAAGAAAUUGUUCUUGAAAGAUCAAGUAAUGAUAACGAUACUUCUCUUGGCUUUAGGAUUGCUGGAGGAAAUGAUCAACCUUUCGUCGAAAAUUUUACAUCUAUUAUUGUGAUUCAUAUAACUGAAAAUGGUCUAGUAGAUAGAGAUGGACGCUUAAAAUUAUAUGAUAUAAUCUUACGUGUAAAUGGUGUUGAUUAUUCAAAUAUUAAACAUCAAACAGCUGUUCGAAUAUUGAAAAUGUCCAGAAAUAUAGUUCGAUUAUUAAUUCGUCGUCUUGUACCUCAAUUAAUUGAAGUAAUUGAACUGAAACAUUCAAAUGGAAAAUUAGGAAUUGAAAUAGCUGGUGGCAUUGGAACUUCUAUAAAAGUCAAUAAAAACAACUAUUCAAUCAUUACUACAAAAAAUGAUCACUAUGUAAAUUUCAAAGCAAUUAGAGCCUUACCACUUCUGUACGAGCGUACAAAUGAGCAGCCAUUAAUAAAAUCAUUCGAUUUUGAGGAUUAUCAAAGAUAUGAAAAUCGCAAAUCGUUACCUUCUAAUGUUUUUACUCAUCAUCUAUCAAAGUUAGAAAAUCUUCAAUUAAAUAGUAAUCAUCUACAUUCUCUACCUAUGUCAUUUUGGUAUCUAACAGCAUUAAGAGAAUUAAAUCUUUCAAAAAAUUGUUUCUUUACAAUUCCUCAAGCAAUUUUAAAUUUAACUAAUCUACAACUUCUUGAUUUUUCAUUCAAUCAAAUCACAGAGAUAAAGAAUGAAAUUGAAUUGUUACAAGUAGAUGAAUUAAAUUUAAAUAAUAAUAAAAUUUCUAAAAUCUCUACUAAAAUAUCAAAAUGUAAACGAUUAAAAAUUCUUCGAUUAGAUAAUAAUAAUCUCGAGUUAAAAUCAAUUCCUAUUUCAUUAUUAAAAUAUUCAACUGUAUCACAAUUAAGUGUUAAAGGGAAUCGUUUUAAUUACAAACAAUUUCAAUUGGUUGAAGGUUAUGAUUACUAUGAAAAACGAUAUACGGCAAAUCAACGAAAAAAAGAUUAA